AUGGGUUCAACGCUCACCUAUAUCAUGACACAAGGGUGCAUGACACAACAUGACAUGACAAUACAACGUGGCGGCUCCCUUAAUCCCAACAUAAACCACAUUUUCUUCCACCAUAUUGGUGGGUAUUCGAUUGGUGCUAACCACAUCAGCCUUUCGCAUGCCUUCACGGAGAAGGAGGCGCGUGAAUUGUUCUGGCAAAUCGUGUGUGCCAUCGACUACUGUCACAAGUUGGGCAUUGUGCAUCGUGAUUUGAAGGCGGAGAACCUCCUUAUCGACGCCGACUUCAAAAUCAAAGUUGCCGACUUUGGCUUCUGCAACUUCUUCACCUCCGAGCACCUCCUUACAACCCAUUGUGGCAGUCCACAAUACGCCGCUCCAGAGCUCUUCAAAGGCGAAUCAUACGACGGUCCAUUGGUAGACGUUUGGGUAUGCCACUUAACCUCGCUUCAGUAG